CCGGCCCAGUCUCACCGCUCCCUCCCUCCUCCCGCUCCGGGUCUCAGCCUGGGAGCCGACCACCCUCUCCAGCAGACCACCUUCGCACGCCGAGGUCGCCAGUCAGUGCUCCCCUCCCUGACCCCCGCCCAUACCCCCGAAACACUCGGCGCCGGCCCGCAACCUGAGCUCGCCUCCCAAACAGCGCGGAGCUCAGCUGGGCUGCGCAGGCCCCCACCCCCGAUCACCAUGUUCCCCUGCCCGCUGACCCCGCUGGCGGCCCCAAAUGGCGCCGAGCCCCUGGGCCGGGCGCUGAGGCGGGCGCCGCUGGGCAGGGCCCGGGCCGGGCUCGCGGGGCCGCCCCUGCUGCUGCCGUCCAUGCUGAUGUUCGCGGUUAUCGUGGCCUCCAGUGGGCUGCUGCUCAUGAUCGAGAGGGGCAUCCUGGCCGAGAUGAAGCCCCUUCCCCUGCACCCUCCCAACCGCGAGGGCGCAGCAUGGCGCAGGACGGUCCCCCAGGCUGGGGGGCUGUCCCUGGAUUCUGGAGACUCGGACUUGCAGGUGAGGCAGGAUAUCCAGAACCGGACCUUGCGUGCUGUGUGCGGACAACCGGGCAUGCCCCGGGACCCCUGGGACUUGCCGGUGGGACAGCGGCGCACCCUGCUGCGCCACAUUCUCGUGAGUGAUCGCUACCACUUCCUCUAUUGCUACGUCCCCAAGGUGGCCUGCUCUAACUGGAAGCGGGUGCUAAAAGUGCUGGCGGGUGUCCUGGACAGCGUGGACGUCCGACUCAAGAUGGACCACCGCAAUGACCUGGUGUUCCUGGCAGACCUGCGGCCUGAGGAGAUUCGCUACCGCCUGCAGCACUACUUCAAGUUCCUGUUUGUGCGGGACCCCUUGGAACGCCUUCUCUCUGCUUACCGCAACAAGUUUGGCGAGAUCCGAGAGUACCAGCAGCGCUAUGGGGCUGAAAUCGUGAGGCGGUACAGGGCAGGAGCUGGGCCCAGCCCUGCAGGGGACGAUGUCACCUUCCCCGAGUUCCUGAGGUACCUAGUGGAUGAGGACCCUGAGCGCAUGAAUGAGCAUUGGAUGCCCGUGUACAACCUGUGCCAGCCUUGUGCUGUGCGCUACGACUUUGUAGGCUCCUAUGAGAGGCUGGAGGCUGAUGCCAACCAAGUACUGGAGUGGGUACGGGCACCACCCCACGUCCGAUUCCCUGCUCGCCAGGCCUGGUACCGACCUGCCAGCCGAGAAAGCCUGCACUACCAUCUGUGCAGUGCCCCGCGGUCCCUGCUGCAGGACGUGCUGCCAAAGUAUAUCCUGGACUUCUCCCUCUUCGCCUACCCACUGCCCAACGUCACCAGGGAGGCCUGCCACCAGUGACCUUGUGCAUGGGCCAGCAGCUGUUGAGGACUGGUUUUGAUAAUGCCAGCUUCUUGUGCCUGCCAUUCAUAGAAACUCUAACUCUGAGGCCUGGAGCUUCUCCAGAUGUCUGGAUGCCAGGGACUGCCCUCGGAAGUUCUUUGUCCAGAGUGGGUGCCCACCGUGGCUCAGAGGACCGGGUUGCACAGGAGGCCUGGUGUUUCCCCCCAGGGGGAUUUCUUGGCAGCCAGUGUGAUCUUUCUAGUCCUGGCAAAGCCAGGUACCAGUUUGCCAGUGAAGCAACACAUUUGUUCUACAGACCGACUUCAAGGAUUGUGCCGUCCACUUGGUUUACCUUAACCACUGGCCACACCCAGAGGUGGCACCCAUCGGGGGGCACGACCAGAGCCAGGGGCCCACAUCCACAAGUUAGCAGUCACACCUUACAAAUAACUGUUGUACCUUUCAGCUUCAGACUCAAAAUUUCCUACACUUGCCAUAUUCUUUCUAUUUUUCCAAGAAAAGGAAAACUGAGUCAGGGCUCUUGCCUGAUAGCAUCCAAAGGCCCCGGAGCCCAGCCUCUUCUUGGGGCUCUGGGCACCACCUUCCCCCAAGGUUAUGAGUGUGGCUGGUGUAUCUGGCUGCCACUUUUAUGACAUGUUUAUUUAAAAUUUGUACUUUUUGAUAGAACUCUUGUGAAGACUUUGUUUUCCUAAUAGCUGAAUUUUUAAUAAAACUGUUUUGUAUUCAA